AUGAAGAUACUGUGCGACGUAUGCAGGAAAGAGGAGGCGGCGAUCUUCUGCUGCGCCGACGAGGCGGCGCUCUGCGGGGCCUGCGAUGGUCGUGUGCACCUCGCCAACAAGCUCGCCGGCAAGCACUGCCGCCUGUCCCUCCUCCACCCGGCCUCCCCUGAGCAGUCCCCGCUCUGCGACGUCUGCCAAGUUGGCCCAUCCCCUCCUCUCUUUUGAUGUUCUUACUCAUCUCCGAUGCUCGCGGGAGAAUGUUGAUGGCGUUAGAGUCUUUCAGGAGAAGACGGCCUUCUUGUUCUGCCAAGAGGAUAGGGCCGUCCUCUGCAGAGACUGUGAUUCCUCCAUCCACAGUGCCAACGAUCUCACCAGGAAGCACACCCGCUUCCUCCUCACCGGCAUCAAGCUCUCCGUCUCCGACGCCCCCGCCGGGCUGCUGCCCAUCGCAGAAGUCAAAGAUAAGAACAACAGCGUCUACGUGCCGGCGGUGGCGGAGGACAGCGGUGAGGAUACAGGCUCCGCUGCCAGCGCCACCAGUGGAAGCAGGAUCUCCGAGUACCUCAUGAAAGAGCUCCCCGGGUGGCACGUGGAGGACCUCCUCCUCGAUACGCCCUCCUCCGGCUAUGGCCUCCCCAAGGUCCGAUCUAUCUGACCCCGGCUCUUUUUAUCCUUCCAGUCGUCGGUUGAGGAAGAACGUCUAGGGUUACACCGAGUGGGAUGAUGCAGAUGCUGGGCGAUCAUGAUCUGAUGUCUUUCCCGGUGGGGAACCUAAACGACGCCGCGGCGGCGGCGGCGGCGGAUGGCGGUCUCUUCCCUGCGCUGUGGGUUUCCGACGACUGCUUCAUCGUCCCGGAGCUCGGUGCCGCCCAGACCCGCCGCCGCCGCUCCGACCCGCCGCUCCACAAGCGACCCAGAGUGGCGGCGGCGACGACGGCAACCGGCGGCGAUCUUCCUCCCCUUCCGAGCGUGUUCUUCCGCUGA